UACUUUACAGCUACGAAUUCCUGAUAAACAAAGAUGACCCUUUACUUUAAAUUGUAUUAUAAAUCUUUAACACAAAUUCUUAGUUGAGUGUCCUCAGACAGCAAAGCUUGAAACCCUUCAAGACGAAGUGGGAAACUGGUUUAGAGGCACAAUCUCACCAUGUCUGCAAAGCGUAAAGGAGUGAGUGCGGAGGAAAAGAGGACUCGAAUGCUUCAACUGUUCUACGAAAAACAAGAUUUUUUCCAAUUGAAGGAGCUCGAAAAAAUAGCGCCAAAAGAGAAAGGAAUCAUAGCACAAUCAGUCAAAGAUGUUGUUCAAAAUUUAGUUGAUGACGGACUGGUAGACACUGAUAAAAUAGGAACAUCCGUUUAUUUCUGGGCAUUUCCAAAUAAAGCUAAGCACACCCGAAAGAGAAAAAUUGAUGAACUGUCCGGAAAGUUGGAAGAACGCAACAAAACACUCAAGAGAGUUCGAGAAAAUCUGAUAGCUAGCAAGUGUGGCAGAGAAGACACAACUCACCGAACAGAAAUUUUAGAAAAACUGAGCAAUUUGAAAAGUAGAGAGACUGAACUGAAGAAAAAAAUCCAGUCUUAUCAAGAUUCCGAUCCUGAAGUCAUUGAGCAAAUGAAAGCACAAAUCAAAGAAGCUAAAACAGCAGCCAAUCGUUGGACAGACAACAUAUUUGCUCUGAAAAGUUGGUGCAAAAAUAAGUUCUGUAUUGAUGGACAAGUUCUCGAUAAACAAUUUGGCAUUCCAAGUGAAAUGGAUUAUCUAGAUUGAAAAUGGGCGUACCUCACUCAUGUUUGAUUUUCUCCUCAAGUACUACGACUCCAGAUAUUUUUAUUCCAAAUUGUAAUAGAGUAAGGAAAUUGGAAUUUUUGAGUAAUUCUUAAUGGAAUUAUUAUUUUCUUUGCUAUGUUAAGUUGUAAAUAAUAAAAUAAAUUUUAUUCUGUUAA